AUGAAUGAUCUACCGCAAGAACUUGUUGAUGGUAUCUGCAGCUACCUACCGAGAGAGGACUUACAGAACGUGCUUAUGCUUAGUCGUCAGUUCCAAUACAGCGCAGAGAAAUAUUCGGGAUUCUUCGAGAAAUAUACUCUCGACACAGACAACUCAGCAGAGUUCCAUUCUCGCUUCUCGUCCUAUCGUCUGAUGUACUUACAAGAAGCGAUAUUCCGACCGAAUUUCCCACCAGAUUCAGUGGCUCUUCCGUGUCCUCAGGUUUAUCGAAGAUCAGGCAGGCGAAACGGGCAUCGUCGGCAGAUAUCGACUCUCGAUAUACAGCCCUAUCAGAGGAAUUGA